UCAGACUUUACAACACAUAUACAAUUCUCAUUCAGAAAUAAAGUCAUAUAAGCUGUUUGUUAGAGAACUUGAUCAUUUAAUUUAAAAGGUGCAGUCCUCUGAAGUAAAGUUAGCCUCACAUGUCUAAACGCCCUUCCCCCGACAUCACAGUAGCACAUCAGACUUUACAACACAUAUACAAUUCUCAUUCAGAAAUAAAGUCAUAUAAGCCAGCUGUUUGUUUAGAGAACUGUAUCAUUUAAUUUAAAAGGUGCAGUCCACUGAAGUAAAGUUAGCAGUUUGUCAGUCAGUGAUUUCAGGCCUCACAUGUCUGAGCACCCUUCCCCCGACAUCACAGUAGCACAUCAGACUUUACAAUACAAUUCUCAUUCAGAAAUAAAGUCAUAUAAGCUGUUUGUUUAGAGAACUUUAUCAUUUAAUUUAAAAGGUGCAGUCCACUGAAGUAAAGUUAGCAGGGUCAGCCAGUGAUUAUGUUUACAUGGACAGUAGUAAUCUAAUUACUGACCUUAUUCUAAAUAAUACAGUAUUCAAAUUAAGGUGUUUACAUAAAAUGCUUUUAAUGCUUUCAUGUUCCCAUUUUACAUGUUAUAGAAUAAAUCCAUUAAUCGCAGACAUUAUUACAUCCCCAUGUUACUCCUGAACAACAUAAAGUUCAUCGUUGUUGUGAUACUAUAUUAUUUUUUUAUUUUAAAUAUUACGAAAGCUUAAAGUGCAGUUAAUUAUUUGUUAUAUGUGUUAGAUGUAGGGUUGCUAACUUUGUCACCCUCACCAAAUACAGGACAAAAGGUGGUCUGCUGCAGCAGUGCAGGCAUGGUUUUGUUUGUAUACAGUGCAGCCUAUUUUGUCCAAAUGAUAGCUAAUCCCUUAAUUAAAAUUGUAUAAUAACUCUUAUGCCUUGGCAACAUACAAUGGGUUUAUUAACAGUUUGUUGGUACAGCAGGUACUUUUAACACAGUCCUUAAAUUGAACCAUUACCGUAUAACGCUGCUGAAAAAAAACAGCAUCAAACCAGCAUGGACCAGCAUGGGAAUUAUGCUGGUCUAUGCUGGUUUAGCUGGUGGUCACAGCAUACCAGCACCAAAACACAACAUAUGCUGGUAUGACCAGCAUGGGAUGCUGGUGCUAAUGCUGGUUUAGCUGGUGCUAAUGCUGGUUUGGUGCUGGUUUAGCUGGUGCUAAUGCUGGUGCUGAUGCUGGUUUGAUGCUGGUUUAGCUGGUGUUCACUAGCAAACCAGCACCAAAACACAACAUAUGCUGGUCUUGCUGGUAUGCUGUUUUUUUCAGCAGGGAAGACAAAACAGUUGUGACUUCUGCACUAAGGGUAAUUAAACGUUAUCCCCUUCAUGUUCAUCUUACAUGUGACAAACUAAAACUAACAUAGAUUCAAUGAUUCUGUGAGCUGUAGUUUUGCAGAGUCAACUUCAAAUACUUUAAUUAAAACACACAGGAUGUGAAUUAGAAGUGUGAGAAUGUCCAAGCAAAGUUGGAAAUGUUUUGUUGGGGCCUUUAAGAUCGAUUUAUUACGCAGGUCUGGAUCAGUGAUCUCUUUGUAAUUGAGACUGAGCAUUUUAAUUAUGAAGAUCUUUGCACAAAUAAUAAAAGGAUAACAUGAUAUCAUAUUAUAUGACCCCCUUUAGCGUAUACUGAUUGUGUUUGAGAUUAUUCUCAAGUGUUCAGCACUGCUUGCUACUUGUUUGACUUCAUGCGGUGCCGCAUGAACAGACAGGCGGAUGAAAUCAAAGUACCGCGAGAGCAUUUCGAUAGCAGUCCACUUUGUCUGAAUUCUCAAAUCACUCUUGUUGGAUUUUGUCGUCAUCUGCUUCUCAGUUGUUGUGGAGCCACAAGAAGUCGAGCAAGCCUGUUGUAUCAGUCACUGUUUAGAUCAACGUAGCAGUCAAAAACAAGACAUGGGAGGUCACAUACAGGACUAAAAUCAAUGAGACCCAAAAUACGGACAUGCCGACUAAUACGGGACAGUUGGAAACCUAGCUAGAGGGCCUUUCCUGCUUGAAGCCAUCUGUUUACAGCCAAACGGUUGACCACUGUGUGUGUAUAUGUGUCCUGUCACAAAACUCCCACACAACGUUAGUAUUGUGAUUGAAGUGUGUAGGUCAUGAUGCACUUUGAUAAUGAAGCUAAAAUAUGAAUAUGAAUUUGAUUUGUGUUUACUUUGAUUAUGACUUUAGCCAAAUAAGAGUAAUUAAAAACCACUGUUUACAUCUUAGUUUUGCAGUUGUUUUAUUUGAAUAUUGUUGUGCAUGUAAACAUUGAAACCCACUUGUUUUAGCCACUGAUGCUCCACAUCAGAGCAGCACAUCAAACUGCUAACUACACAACCAGAAGAAAUUAACAGGAGAUUUAGUGUCAUUUGAGGUUAUCAACAUAUAAACAUGCUUUUCACACUGGAAAAGUUAACACCAGGUUAUUCUAAACCCCGGGUUAACGGAAUCCUGGGUUAUCUGUUUCACGUGUCACACUGUUCGUGCUUAACCAGGGGUUAAGAGAUAACCCUGGGUAUUCAUAAUCUGAAGUUACACAUUGUGUAUUCCUAAACCCUAGGUCAGGUGUCUAAAACCCUGCUCAUACACCUGUCUGUAAUUAUCAAACAACCCUGAACACCUUCUGUUUCAGCUGUGUUCAAUUUGGGUCAAAAGUUAUUAUAUUAUAUUUUUUACUUGUUUAAAAAAGCUUUGUUGCAUGUUUAAUUUUUAUUAGGUAAUAAAAAAGACAGUCCAAUAAGAUAUUGUAGGUGGAGCAGUAAAUGUUCUCAAGAAACAGAGCUUUCAUUAAGCUGUUUUGUUGUAUGUAUUAAAUGUUUUUAAAAGUACAUUCCAUCAAUUAAUUUCCAUGUGGAUUUGUCAACAUUUAGAGGAAUCUCUCUGUAAAUAGCAGUUGUUUUGGACAGUAGCACGAGGUGCUGUGCUGAUCCCCUUGUCUGUAGCGUAACAGCAAAAACACUAAGCUGUGUUCAUACAGCGCUGCGCAGAUCGAACAAGAUAUGACAUCACAGUACCGCGAGAUCAAACUUUAUCAAUACGUGCUCGAAUCGCUCACGCGAUAUUUCAACGUGACAUCCUUUCGGCCUUCCUAUCAACGACACUUUUACUACGCAAGUCAGCAGCAGUGGAUUCGUUUCCCUGGAAAUGCAGACACGUGAUAAUGACAUCACCGCUGUUAGCCCCAAUUUCCCGCGAAGCAGACUACACGCGCUCAUUAUAGGAGGAAAGUCACUGCAGUCGCCAUGAUGCUGGGUAUACCAAGGCAGAAAAAACGAAAAAGACCUCAACAGGAUGCUGAGCAUCACAUUACUUGCAAAACAGACAAGCCUGAGCUUUAUGAGCAAGUUAUCAGCAAAUAUAAAGGACGUGGAGUUUUCACCACUGAAUCAUUUUUUAGAGGUGAUUUUGUCCUUGAAUACAGAGGUGAACUUCUGACUUCAGAGGAGAGCCUUGAUCGAUCUAAACUCUACAAUGACGUUGAGAACACAUUCUUGUUUGAUUUUCAGUGGCAUGGCAAAAAUUGGUGCAUGGAUGCAUCCAAGGAAGAUGGGUCCUUGGGAAGACUUGUAAAUGAUGAGCACAGAAAUCCUACAUGCAAAAUAAGAACUGUUGAAGUGAACAAAAAACCUCAUCUGUGUCUUUUUGCUGUACGAGAUAUUCAACCAGGGGAAGAAAUCACUUACAGUUAUGGAGAUUCAGAUUGGCCUUGGCGAGCUAAGGUAUCAUCAACAGAAUCCAGUGAUGAAAGCCCAGUCAGCAGUUUGGAUUUGCAGAAAUUGUUCCAUCAGGCUCCUCCUGUUUCCUCAUCUGCCUUGUAUAAGGUGUACAUCAAUGAACCACAUAAGCAAGUUGAGCCACAACAGUCAGGCAAAGCAAGUACAUCAGAGAAUAAAAUGAAACUCAAAGAUUGCCAUGAGCGCUUUAACAGAGCACAAAUUAAAACGAAAAAGACUGCCAUAGAGCAAUCACAAGAAUAUUUCAUGCCCUCAUCACCUGUGAAGACCACAUCAUGGUCCUCUUCUAAUGUGCAGCCUUCAUCACCUGUGAUGACCACAUCAUCUUCCUCUUCUCUUGUGCAGCCCUCAUCACCUGUGAUGACCACAUCAUCUUCCUCUGCACUUGUGCAGCCCUCAUCACCUGUGAAGACCACAUCAUGGUCCUCUUCUCAUGUGCAGCCCUCAUCACCUGUGAUGACCACAUCAUCUUCCUCUGCCCUUGUGCAGCCCUCAUCACCUGUGAAGACCACAUCAUCUUCCUCUGCACUUGUGCAGCCCUCAUCACCUGUGAAGACCACAUCAUGGUCCUCUUCUCAUGUGCAGCCCUCAUCACCUGUGAUGACCACAUCAUCUUCCUCUGCCCUUGUGCAGCCCUCAUCACCUGUGAAGACCACAUCAUCUUCCUCUGCACUUGUGCAGCCCUCAUCAUCUGUGAUGACCACAUCAUCGUCCUCUUCUCCUGUGCAUCCCUCUACACCCUUGCCCUGUGCUGCUUCCACCCCUGUGAUUUCCUCAUCACAGGUGUCUGAGACACUAUCUUUAAUGGAGUAUUCUGGGAGUGCCUACAGUGAUUCAGAUGUUACGGACUACAGUGAUGUUGACUACAUACCCCAGAUCAGCUCAGAUGAAUCAGAUGGAAGUGCUUCUGGACAAAGCAAGGCUGAAAGAAGUUCAGAUGGAUCAAACAAUAAGUUUGAAUGUAGUGAUCCUAGACCCAACAAACGUUUAAGACAUACUAAAUCAACCCUUUCAAAAAGGAAAGCUGAAGAGGCAGGUAGUUCAUCUGCCAAAUGUAUGACAGCAGUGUCAUCAAAAAGGAUGAAAUGCCAAACUGAAGAGACCAAAACCUCAUCUGACAAAAAGACUUUGGUUCAGUCAAUGCCAUCACCACAAAAAAAGAGCAGGUCAUAUAACAAAAAACAGUAUUGCCUUUAUUGCUCUAAGCCAUAUGCAAAAAUGGCAAGACACCUUGAGUUUGUACAUCGCAAUGAAGUAGAGGUUGCAAAGGCUGUAGCUUUCCCAAAACGAUCCAAAGAACGAAGAGUCCAGUUAAACCUUCUUAGAAAAAGGGGCAACUUUGCCCACAACACAGAUGUGGUGAGAAAAGGGGAAGGUGAGAUGAUUGCCUGCUACCGUCCAAAAAAGUGCAAAAACCCCAAAGAAUUUAUCCACUGUAUUCACUGUCAAGGCCUUUACAACAAGCUCAGCCUAUGGAAACACAUUAAAAACUGUCCACUUAAACCGAAGGAUGAUGAUGCUCAGGGCAGAAAAAGAGUAAGAUCUCUUUGUGCCCUAAAAACACCUGUUGGCUUAGAGGUGAGUAAAGGUUUCAAGAAAGUACUUUCCCUGAUGAACUAUGACGAAGUUUCAAGGGUGAUUCAUAGUGACAGAUGCAUCAUGCAACUGGGAGAGCACAUGUUUAACAGGAUGGGAUCUGAUGUGACCAAACAUGACUACAUCCGACAGAAAAUGAGAGAAGUUGGCAGACUUCUUCUUGAAGCAAGAAGGAUAACCCCACUGAAAACAAUGGAGGACUUCAUGAUACCAGCAAACUUCAAACAUGUCAUAUCAGCUGUGAAAGUUGUGUCUGGCUUUGACGAAGAGAAGAACUCUUACCGCAUUCCCUCUUUAGCCCUCAAACUUGGACAUUCUUUAAAAAAGAUCUGUAGCAUUGUUGAAAGUAAUGCGAUGAUGUAUGGAGACCAUGAGCGUGCUGAGUGUGCUCGAGACUUCAGAAAAGUACACCAAGCAAGGUGGAAUGAAUACAUUUCUGCUGGUGCUAUAACUACAUUGAAGGAAGCCAAGUGGAAUGCACCACAGAUCAUUCCUUUCACUCAGGAUGUCAAAGUCCUGCACGCACAUCUAGAAAAGAAACGGGAUAAAUUCCUUAAUAAACUUAAAAACUGCCCGUCUGCAGACAGCUAUGCUGCUUUGGCCAAAGUCACACUCUCCCAAGUUAUCCUGUUCAAUAGACGAAGAGAAGGUGAGGUGUCACGGAUGCUUUUGUCAGCUUUUCAAAGCCGGGAUUCUUCUGAGCUGCAUGAAGACAUAGCCAUCUGUCUUUCUGAGUUCGAGAGGAAGCUGUGUAAACACUUUACCAGAGUAGAGAUCCGUGGUAAGCGAGGGAGAAAGGUCCCUGUCCUCCUCAAACCUUCAUUGGUUUCUGCCAUGGAGCUGCUUGUUGAAACACGUGAGGCUUGUGGUGUCCCAAAUGAGAAUCCUUUUAUGUUUGCCAGAUCUGGUGCAAUGUCUGCCUACAGAGGAGGAGAGUGCAUAAGUAAAGCUGCUCGUGAAUGUGGCAUUAAGAAUCCUGAAGCUCUUUCCUCAACCAGGCUCAGGAAACACAUAGCUACCAUGUCAAAGAUUCUCAACCUUGAUGAAAAUGAAGCAGAUCAACUGGCUGAUUUUCUCGGUCACGAUAUAAGGAUCCACAGACAGUAUUACCGGUUACCAGAGGGGACAUUGCAGCUGGCAAAAAUGAGUAAGGUCUUAAUGGCAAUGGAGAAAGGAACGCUGUCCAGCUUUAAAGGAAAGAGACUUGAUGACAUUGAAAUCGACCCAAAUGAGCAACUCGAGGCCGAAGGUGAUACAAUGUCAAGUGAUGAAGAGGAUUGUAGUGACCUACCUCAGACAACAUCACCAGUACCAGCAGAGACUGAUCAACCAUCUGCUUCACAGAAAGAUCAAGGUUCAUCAAUACCUCCGAAAAGAAAAUGGGAAGAAGUUGAGGUAAAAGCUGUUGAAAAACACAUGAUGAAGUUCAUAAAGACAUGCAAAGUUCCUGGUAAGCAAGACUGCGAGAGAUGCAUUCAAGCAGAGCCAGAAGCCUUGAAGGAACGUACGUGGACUGGUGUGAAAAAUUAUGUGCGAAACAGGAUCACCACUUUAAAAAAACAGGGUGGAUUAUAGGGGAGCAAAUAAAAACACUUUUUUUCUUUUUACUGUAAAAAACAGAGCAUGGUGAGGAAAAGUUGCCAUGUUACAAAAACAUAAAAUAAUGAAUGUCUUUUCUAGAAUAACUUUUUAAUAUGUUUAGGGCUGCAAAAUGAUGAAUUAUGACCAAUCGUUUGCAGAAUAAUUUUUUUUUUACAUCAUAUGUGUGUAUUGUGUAUAAUAAUUAUCUAUAUAUAAAUACACACACAUGCAUGUUUAUAUUUAAUAAAUAUAAAAAUGUAUAAACACAUGUAAAUGUUUAUAUGUAUUUUAUAUUAUAUAAACACUUAA